GUCCUGUUCUGGUUAGUCAGUCUUCUUCCUCGCGAACCACCUUCCUCUCUUGUUCUCUGCACAACAACUAAAGAAGCACAGAGAGAGAGAGAGAGAGAGCUCAUAAGCAUUCUCUCUUCAGGUCCAGCAACAAUGGCGUCUUCCUCGACACUCCAUCUUUUGCUGGCAUUGCUAACCCUUUCGAUCCUCUCCUCGAAUCGCUUGGUCAAGUGCGACAGUGAGGAAGAUAAUCUUCUUCAAGGCAUUAAUGGUUAUCGGACAUCUUUGAACUUAACAGCCCUUACAAAGAAUGAUAAGGCGGAAUGCCUUGCCGAGGAAAUAGCUGAUCAAUUUAAGAAUCAACCUUGUACUAAUACGACGGGUGCUGACACUGUACCUGGUACUGAGCCUCAAUUCUCCAACUAUCCAACACUUUUAGCCAACUGCCAUCUGAACGUCUCUAUCACAAGGGAUGGGGCAAUAAUGCCUGCUUGUGUUCCCAACUUGGUCCCAACCCUUGUCCUCUCUAACUUCACUCAGUCUCAGUAUUCAGGUAACCUGAAUGAUAGCAAGUAUACAGGAAUUGGAAUUAGUUCUGAAAAGGAUUGGAUGGUAGUCAUCUUAACCACGAAUACACCCGAAGGAAGCUACUCGGCUGUCCAGUCAGCCAGUUUGAUUCUGAAAAGCAGUUUCAUUUAUCAAUUGCUCUUUCUACUUGUCGGUCUUGUGCUCCUAUUGUGAAACUGGCGAUAACAUGGCCUUAUGGCCGCUUGACUGAGAGCAAUCAAAGCAUAACUACAGAGGAUUCAUUGCAUUGUUUUAAUUUGAAGGAAAAGGUGAAAUUGCAGAAUAAUCGUGAGUACAUUCUUGUUGUAGUAGCUUGUGCUGUGGCUGGAAAUAUGUAACGCGACUUGGUAUGAGGGUUCUACUAUGUUAUAUGUGUUCUUCCUUUU